CGACACUCGCUCCUCUCCGGUCCAGACGUCACAUCAGCAGCCAAGUCGGCUCGUUAGCAGUUUAUCUUUUGGACAAAAUGUCAACCACGACCGGCGGCGGAGAGUUUGGCAACCCUUUACGAAAGUUCAAGCUCGUCUUUCUGGGCGAACAGAGCGUUGGGAAGACCUCGCUCAUCACCAGGUUUAUGUAUGACAGUUUUGACAACACCUAUCAGGCAACAAUUGGCAUUGACUUUUUGUCAAAAACCAUGUACCUAGAAGAUCGUACGGUCCGGCUCCAGCUUUGGGACACUGCUGGACAGGAGCGUUUUCGUAGCCUAAUUCCCAGCUACAUCCGUGACUCUACCAUUGCCGUGGUUGUUUAUGACAUCACCAAUCUUAAUUCAUUCCAGCAAACCUCAAAGUGGAUUGAUGAUGUUAGAACAGAGAGAGGAAGUGAUGUCAUUAUCAUGCUUGUUGGGAACAAAACAGACUUGGCGGACAAAAGACAGAUCACCACGGAGGAGGGUGAGCAGAGAGCAAAGGAACUGAAUGUCAUGUUCAUUGAAACCAGCGCAAAGACUGGCUACAAUGUCAAACAGCUGUUUCGUCGUGUCGCCGCUGCAUUGCCUGGGAUGGACAGCACACCGGAGAAAAGCAAAGAGGACAUGAUAGACAUCAAACUGGAGAAACAGCCAGAAAUGAAUGUCACCGAGAGCAGCUGCUCCUGCUAGUACACCUCACCCUCACCCAGCCCGUCUCCUCCACCAACAGCUUGUCUCCCAGUGGCCACUUCUCCACCCGUGGCACACUGCCGCUGGACGGAGGUCCUGUCUUUUUCUUUUUUUUUCCUUUUCAACUCAGUGACUUUUCAGAGUAACCGUGUGGAUGUGCAUUACUGUAUUGAAACAGAUUAUCUGGGGGGGAAAUGGUUCAAAAGUAAACAUUUAAAGCAAGGUAUAAGUUGAAUAUGAUCAGAUUUUUAUCCAGUUGCAUGGCAUUAUAUAGGAUUGCAGACUGACAGCUAACCGCUCAUGAGUUAUUGCAGUUUGGAUUCUUAGUGCUGUUACUCUUGUCAUUGUUGUAAAGUAAAACUGCUUGGUAUUAUUUAAAUGACUCUGCAAGGUUGAGUUCUUAACCCACGGUAUUUUACGUUUAUUUUUAAUGGAGUUGGCCUUCAACUGUUCUAUCGCUCAGAUGACUGAUUAUUUCUUGACUUUGUCUUAUUUUGAGGAAGUAGACAGGAUCUUAUCACAGAAUUGACAUCAUUGCUAACUAUCAUUUUACCGCAUUAGGCUCAAAUGAAAGAGGGUCAUUCAUUGGGUAAUAUUUAUACCGAAACACAUCUUAAACUGCCAAAUACAACCGUGUGUUAGGAGACCAAAUAUACAUCAUUUGAGACUUUAUUUAAAACAGGGCAAAAGGGAUGUGGAACCAACCAAUGAGGUAAUGGAUCAUCAAAGGAAACUGUCCCAAGUUCACUGUAAUUGCUACUUACCCGAAGCUGUGUCUGCAUUAAAACCCAAGUUGUUAAAUUAGCUACACGCAUACUAACAAGUUUGGAGGAGUUUUCCUUUUAUUAGAUGAACCCUAAAAAAGGAGAAAGGAAAAAAAAAGAAGCAAGUGUUUAGUUUUUCCACGCUGAUGGAAAGUUUUCACUUUGGUCGCGAUGAUGUACCCACCCACCAUCUCAUAGAUAAUUUAUGUUGUAGAUUACACUAUUGCAAGAACAUGCAGCAUGCUCACCAUGCAGGAUUUAUAUGGAUAAGAACACAGAUGCCUUGCUUGUUUGUUCACCAACGUUGUGCACUGAAUCAAGCCACAAUAUUGUAAAAUAUAAAAGAAGCCUGCUGACUGGUUCAUGGCUUCACUCGUUGUUUUAUAGAGCUGGUAGAUAAGAGCGUGUCCUCCGAUACAGCUAACGCUUACUAACACCCUCGUUGUAAAAAAUAACAACAAAAAAGACAAGUAGCCUACAGAGAAGUUAGUCGCAAUAUCCUUUGCUGUAAUGCUAUCGCCUGUGUAGGACUGUUGGUUUUAUGUGUUUAUUUAUUUUGUUACUUGGACAUACAGAUUACACAUGUAUGCUUGACCAAAAGUACAGAAUUUUACACGCAUGUUGAAAAUGUUUUUUAUUUUAUUUAUUGUUUAUCAUGUCUGCCGAGACUCCACCUAAAGGCGACACGUGGGCCCGAUCAUGUUUUUUCCCGUCACACACUUGUAGCUUGGUUUCCAGUCGACGGUAAAGGCUGCGCCGUCUCCAGAUAUAAAACACACGCAAUUUAACACAAACCAACUAAUUAGCCAUCGUACAACAAAAGACACUGGUCAUUUGCUGAAGCUUGUUUUUGAAAUUUCAACAUUUUAAAAUGGAUACAAAACGUUAUGUAAUUGAUUAUAUCAAACGAACAUUUUAACAUGAGCAGCUCUUCUAUAACUCAAUACUCAGCGUUGUGCUAUUCUGAAUCGUGUCUGUCCAUUGGAAAUAUGCUGUCUACUCGUGUUUAGCAACGUUUGUGUGAAUAAUGUACUAUUACUAUGUGAUGUAUAAAAAGGAGAGUUAAUGAAACACAAGUGUAGGCCUAUCACAUGGAAUAAAAUAAAAAUAUUUCACCAAAAUGUAA